CUCUGCAUUUUUUUUGAUCGACCGAACCGAACCAAGCGUUGACAAGUCUCUCUCUUAUUCUCCUUCGUGUGUCUGAAGCUCUCUGCAACGCAUUUGUUCAGUUCAGAAGCUUUUCGGCAUCCGUAGGAUCUCUUUUUCUGAUUUCUUCUGUUGCGCCUCUUUACAUCAAUCAGGCUUCUCUUCAGUCGACAGUUGCUCACCGGAGCCUGCUUUCGCUCGGAUUUCUGCUUGAAUGAUUUAGAAUUCGUAUAAAUUACUGUUUCUGCUGCUACGAUUGUGGGUUGAAGGUGGGAAUGGGAGUAAUCUAGUGGGAUCAAUGUCUGUGUUUAAGUAGCUGCUAUGGAAAGGAGAAUUGGGUUGACCUGAUUUGGAAAAUUUCGGAGUUCACCUUGUAAAACACCCGAAGAUGAUUGGAAGGAAGAAUAUGGGACGGGCAUCACCUCUGUUUCUAGUGCUGCUGGCACUAGGGUUUUUCUUUGCAACUUAUAAUCUGUUAACAAUGGUAAUUCACAACAGAGGGAAAGGGGUAGCUGAUGAUUUGGAUGGUGGAUCAUUUUCGGAUCCCAUUACGCAUAUGCCUGAGAAUGUGAAGACAACAGACAGUACUAAGUUACCUUUUCAUGUUGCCUUGACAGCAACCGAUGCUCCAUACAGCAAGUGGCAGUGUCGCAUAAUGUACUAUUGGUAUAAGAAAGUGAAGGACUCGCCUGGGUCAGACAUGGGAGGAUUCACUAGGGUUCUGCAUUCAGGAAGUCCUGACAACCUGAUGGAUGAGAUCCCAACUUUUGUGGUUGAUCCUCUUCCAGGAGGUCUGGAUAGGGGUUACAUUGUCUUGAAUAGACCAUGGGCUUUUGUUCAAUGGCUGGAAAAGGCAACAAUUGAGGAGGAAUAUAUACUCAUGGCAGAGCCUGAUCACAUCUUUGUAAAUCCUUUGCCUAACUUGGCACAUGGAGGAUAUCCAGCUGGGUUCCCCUUUUUCUACAUUAAGCCUGAUCAGCAUGAGAAAAUAAUAAGAAAAUUCUAUCCUGAGGAGAAGGGCCCUGUGACAGAUAUUGAUCCAAUUGGCAAUUCUCCCGUGAUUAUCAAGAAGUCAAUGCUGGAGCAAAUUGCGCCUACAUGGAUGAAUGUAUCUUUGAGGAUGAAAGAUGAUCCGGAGAUUGAUAAAGCUUUUGGAUGGGUGUUAGAAAUGUAUGCAUAUGCUGUUGCAUCUGCAUUGCAUGGUGUUAAACAUAUUCUUCGCAAAGAUUUUAUGCUACAGCCCCCAUGGGAUUUGGAAGUUGGAAAAAGGUUCAUUAUUCAUUACACUUAUGGAUGUGACUAUAAUUUGAAGGGUGAGCUAACAUAUGGAAAAAUUGGACAGUGGCGCUUUGACAAGAGAUCCCAUCUUCGCGGGCCUCCACCAAGGAACCUCUCCUUGCCUCCUCCUGGAGUUCCUGAAAGUGUGGUCACACUUGUAAAAAAGGUGAAUGAGGCUACUGCAAAUAUUCCUGAUUGGAUGGAACAGAGUAAUACUGACUGAGCUGGAAGAAGAUUAACCUGACAAACCUAAUUUUUGGAACUUCUUUUCACAGUAUCACCAUAGAGAGAUCUCUGUAUACAAAG